AUGGGUGGAGCCCACGAAAACGGCGAUACAACCGUUGGCCACAGCUGUUGGGCAACCCCACAUAAACACCCUGUCAACAGUCGGGCAGUUUGGUCAGCUCAUGCCACUAAAAUUCCGCUUGAAUUUCAAAUUCAAACUAAAACAUCAAUGGAAUCAAUGAAGAUGAAGCUCUUCGCCGCCGUUGUUGUUAUGUUGAUGGCCGUAGCUGCCGUCAGUAAUGUCGCAGCUCAGGAAGCUCCCGCCCCGGCGCCGGGUCCGGCUUCCGCCGCCAGCGUUUACGUUCCGGCCGCCCUUAUUUCCCUUAUUUCUCUUUCCUUUGGGCUUUUAUUCUAA